CAGACGCAGAAGCGGAUUGUGUGGAGAGAAAGUCACAGCGAGGAUUGACUUCUCAAGACUGAGCUUGCCUGAGAAAGAAGUUCACAGAAAGAAGAGAUAAAGAGGAGUUCAGAAUGACUCUAUCCCAGGAACUGUUGACAUUCAGAGAUGUGGCCAUAGAAUUUUCUCAGGAGGAGUGGGACUGUCUGGACCCUACUCAGAGGACUUUGUACAGAGAUGUGAUGUUGGAGAACUACAGGAACCUGGUCUCCCUGGGAGUCUCUCCAUCUGAGAUGAAUAUUAUUUGCAUUUUGAAGAAGGAGACAGAGCCCUGGACUGUGGAGAAGACGAUGAAACUAGCAAAUAACUCAGAUGUCUUUUCUCCAUGUGUGAUCACAGAAUUAUCACCAAAAGAGAUCAUUGAUAAAGGAGAAUUAUUCCAGAGAGUGAUUUUGGAAAGAAACGAAAGCCAUGGCAUCAAGGAUUUUCACUUCAGUCAAGUCAGGGGAAAUAUGCAUGAGUUUGAGAGUCAGUGGAGGGACGAUGAAGGAAAUAACAAUGGAGUGACUACAGCCUGUAACGAAAUUUUCUCUGUCAGAGAUCAACAUGUUAAAAGACAUGCAGGAAAUGAGUAUAUGACAUGUUUUAAAAAUACGAUUGAAUUAAGCUUUCAGUCCCAUGUGUAUGAAAUGCAGAAAUUUCACACUGGAGAGAAAAUAUAUGAAUGUCAUCAACUGGAGACAUCUAUCAACAUUGGAUCUGCAGUUCCAUCCCUUCAAAGAAUUCCUCCCAGUUUCCAAAGGAACAUUUCCAAUGAAUGCAGGGAGGUUUUCAUGCAUCCUUCAUGGUUUCUACAACACCAGAAAACCCACAGCAGAGAAAAACCUUACAAAUGUAACGAAUGUGGCAAAACCUUUAACUGGGGCUCUAACCGCAAUAAACAUCAGAGAAUCCAUACUGGGGAGAAACCAUAUAAAUGUAAUAUAUGUGGCAAGGUCUUUACUCAACGUUCAAGCCUUAAAAGUCACCAGAUAAUUCAUAGUAGAGAGAAACCUUACCAAUGUAAUGAAUGUGGUAAGGAAUUUAUCCGAAAAUUAAGUCUAAUUGAACAUCAGCGAACUCACAGUGGAGAGAAACCUUACAAAUGUAAUGAAUGCGGUAAGGCUUUUACCCGAAAAUCAGGUCUUUUGAAACAUAAAAAAAUUCAUACUGGAGAGAAACCUUACAAAUGUAAUGAAUGUGGCAAGAAUUUUAGCAGUCCAUCAGUCCUUUGGAAUCAUAAGAAAAUUCAUACUGGAGAGCAAAAGUACAAAUGCAAUGAAUGUGGAAAAGCCUUUAAGUGGGGCUCAAAUCUAACUAGGCAUCAGAGAAUCCAUACUGUUGGAAAACCAUAUAAAUGUGAUACAUGUGACAAGGCCUUUAGUCAUCCUGCAAGCCUCAUAGCUCAUCAGAGAUGUCAUACUGGAGAAAGACCUUUCAAAUGUAUUGAAUGUGGUAAAGCUUUUACCCAGAAAUCAGGUCUUGUGGAACAUCAGCGAACUCAUAGUAAAGAGAAACCUUACAAAUGUAAUGAAUGUGGUAAGAGUUUUGGCAGUCGAUCAGUCUUUCGGAAACAUAAGAUAAUUCAUACUGGAGAGAGUCCUUAUAAAUGUAUUGAAUGUGGUAAGGCUUUUUCUGAAAGAUUAAGACUUGAGGAACAUCAAAGAAUUCAUAGUGGAGAGAAACCUUACAAGUGUAAUGAAUGCGGUAAGGCUUUUACCCGAAAAUCAGGUCUUUUGGAACACCAACAAGUUCAUGGAGAGAAACCUUACAAAUGUAAAGAAUGUGAUAAGUCUUUUACCCGAAAAUCAGGCCUUUUGGAACAUCAGCGGUUUCAUAAUGGAGAGAAAUUUUAUCAAAGUAGUGAAUAUGGCAGUGCUUUUUACAGUCCAUCAGUCCUUUGGGAUCAUAACAACAUUCAUACUGAAGAGGAAGAUUACAGAUGCAAUGAAUGUGGAAAAUACUUUAAGUGGGGCUCAAAUCUCACUAGGCAUCAGAGAAUUCAUACUGGAGAAAAACGAUAUAAAUGUAACAUAUGUGACAUGGGCUUUAUUCGUCGUGAAGGCCUUACAGCUCAUCAGAGAAUUCAUGCUGGAGAGAAUAAUUACAAAUACACUGAAUGUGGGAAAGCCUUUAACUGGGGUUCAAAACUCACUGAACAUCAGAGAAUUCAUACUGUAGAGAAACCUUAGAAAUGUUGUGAGUGUGAUAAGGCUUUGCCCAAAGAUCAAAUCUUGUGGAGUUUCAGAAAAUUCGUAGUAAUGAGAAACCUUUCCAAUCUAAUAAGUAGCAUGACAAGCCUUUACGUGGGGGUCAAUCCUCAUUAAACAUUACAUUAUAUACUAGAAUGCAGUGUAUAUGGCAAGGUCACUAUGCCAAAUUAACAAUUUACAAAUCAUCUGAGACUUCAUAAUGGUUAAACCUUGCAGAUGUAAAUAAUUUGGUAAAACGGUUAAUUCUCACAAUGGACCAGACGUCAGAAUUCAUACUACGGAGAACUGUCUAGUCCGUAAUAAUCAACAUGAGAUGUUACAUUCGACAAUGUAAUUAAAUGUUACAAUUUGAUAAAUCUCAUGAGAUUAUGUGUGUCAAGGAGGAAGGACGUGGAAAGAUCCAUUUCUUUCAUUAAUAAACUUCUAGUUGAGAUUUUUUGAAAUUGCUACAUUACAAUUUGUUAUUUUCUACUUGAAGUUUGAAAUCUGUUGCUGUAAGAAUAACUCCAAAUAAAAGAACCAGCACAAAGCCAAUUCCUACAGGCCAAGUGCAGAUA